UGGAAGGGGCUGGGAAGUGUUGUCCCGGGGAUCGGCGUGGUGUGGCGGUGGGAGAAGCUCCUCAGGCUGUGGGUCCGAGCGAGGGUGGAUGUGCGAUUAUGUGUGUGAUGUGGGGCCACCGGCGUGCUCUCGCGCUCAGGGUUGGGGGACAGCAGCCGCACCUGCGCCCGCUGACCUGCGCUAUCCUUGAAAGAGGCGAAGCCAGGACACCCACACUCGACGCUUACCUUUGAAAACUGCAGCGUAGGCUGCGUCCUAAGAGAUCCAGGAGCGUCCCGAUGUGAAAACGGUCUUAAAGUUACAUUUAUUUUGGAUGGGGUGCUGUCACGGCAUGCGUGUGGAGAUCAUACAACUUGUGAGAUUCAGUUCCACCGUGUGAGGCUGCAAGCCACCUUACUGAGCCAACUUGCCUCAAGCUAUUUUAAAUGAAUAAACUAGAGAAAGAAAAACCCUGGGAGUGUUUAGUUGCUUAAUCCCUAAACGUGCGGAGCGGCAUUUAAAAAGUAGAGUGAGGGUCUCUCAGUGUAUCCCCGGCUAGCCCAGAACUCACUGUGUAGACCACACUAAUCUUGAAUUCAUGGAAAACUGCCUACUUGUUCACCUGUGCUGGGAUUAAAGGCAUGUGCCAUCACACCCCACUUUUUCUUACACAUAAGAGACUCUCCCUGUUUUGCACCAUUUGACUGAAGUAGGACAGGGUCAAGGUUUGAGGACUGACAGAUUCUAAUACCAGGCUCUCUAGACUCUCAGAAAACCACCAGACCCCACAUGGAACCACGGGCCCCAUGCCCAGCUGCCAUACCCUCAACGGAGAGAAAGUUCCAUGUUCUUGUGGGUGUCACUGGAAGCGUUGCUGCCCUGAAGCUCCCUCUUCUGGUGUCAAAGCUUUUGGACAUUCCCGGGCUGGAAGUCACAGUGGUAACAACUGAGAGAGCCAAACAUUUCUAUAGCCCUCAGGAUGUUCCUGUCACCCUCUACAGUGACGCUGAUGAAUGGGAGAUGUGGAUGCGCCGCUCUGACCCAGUUCUCCACAUUGACCUGCGAAGGUGGGCUGACCUCUUGCUAGUGGCUCCCCUUGAUGCCAACACUCUGGGGAAGGUUGCCAGUGGCAUCUGUGACAACUUACUUACCUGUGUCAUCCGGGCCUGGGACCUCAGCAAGCCCCUACUCUUCUGCCCUGCCAUGAACACCGCCAUGUGGGAGCACCCUCUCACUGCACAGCAGGUCUAGGAGCCAUGGCUGAGGUGGAGACCAUUGUGGAUAAAGUGAAAGAAGUGCUCUUCCAGCGUGGUGGCAUCUAGCAGCGUUGACUGGGAUUUUUGUCGUCAUAUCCCUGCACCCAGUGACUCCAACCUGAGCUGAUGAAGAAGGACAUCAGCCCAGUAUGAAGAGCCUGUGUUAGCUGAGGAGGGACUGGCUGGCAAAUUCUCAGAGCUUUGGUAGUAUUCAGGCGUCUGUACUGGCCUGCCCUUGGGGUUCUGACAGGAUAUGUCCUCAGCUGCAGCCACUAAGAGCAUCUCCUGUGCACUUUCACUAUGUUCCCUUUUUAAAAGGGCCCUGCCCACCUUCCAUCUCUCUC